AAGACGAGUUUGAAGAUGAUUGAAGCAAGUUUGGCUGAAGCACGAGCGUCCAUUCGAAAGGCAGUUUUGUGGAAAAACUUCACAUCAGAGAAGAAAGAAACUUACAUUCCCAGAGGCCCCAUUUACAGAAAUCCUUAUGCUUUUCAUCAGUUGAGUUUUCCUUUACCUACUGAAAAAGGAACAAACACUAAAAGUAUUAUAUAACAUUUGAGUUACUAUUAAUAAAUAGGGACAAUUGCAAAUAUAGCAAUCGAACUCAAAGUAUUUUAAGAGAUAUCAGACUGAAAAAGAAAUGCAAAUAUAGCAAAAUUUACAUCUAGUUCUCUGAGUCUGUUGGUAAUGGGAGGCUUCUAUCGAUAGAUUUUGCUAUAGUUGCAAUUCUUUAAAAAUGUUUUUAUACACUUAAUUAUAAUUAUAAUCCUGAAAGUACUAUCUAAUGCAAUGAAACAAUAACCCAAAACAAAAAUCAUUUCCACCAAUAUGCUUACAGUAUAUCCAAAAUGUUAUGCAGAAGCCACAUAGAAAUGGUGAAGAGGUUCAAGGUUUGGAGUUAUAGAGAAGGAGAACAGCCUCUGUUCCAUGAUGGUCCAUUGAAUAGCAUAUAUGCCAUUGAAGGCCAAUUUAUAGAUGAGUUAGAUUGCAGCAAGAGUCCUUUUAGAGCCAGUCAUCCUGAUGAAGCUCAUGUAUUUCUUCUUCCUUUGAGUAUCACCAACAUCAUUCAUUUCAUUUAUAGGCCAAUCACUUCUCCAGCUGACUACAACCGUGAUCGGAUGCACCGUGUGACAACUGAUUACAUUCGAGUUGUUGCCAACAGGUAUCCAUAUUGGAACCGGAGCAAUGGCGCUGAUCAUUUUGUGGUUUCAUGCCAUGAUUGGGCACCAGAAAUCUCAGAUGCCAACCCCCAACUGUUCAAGAACUUCAUCAGGGUAGUGUGCAAUGCAAACAUCACAGAAGGCUUUCGCCCCAACAUAGAUAUUCCACUCCCAGAAAUCAACAUCCACCCUGGAACAUUAGGGCCACCGGACUUAGGCCAGCCACCAGAACGCCGCCCAAUUCUAGCUUUCUUCGCUGGAGGAGCUCAUGGAUACAUCAGGAAGAUUUUGAUCAAGCAUUGGAAGGAAAAGGACAAUGAAGUUCAGGUUCAUGAAUACCUUCCUAAGACCCAAAAUUACACCAAAUUGAUUGGAGAAAGCAAGUUUUGUCUCUGCCCUAGUGGCUAUGAAGUGGCAAGCCCGAGGGUGGUAGAAGCCAUCUAUGGCGGUUGUGUUCCAGUGAUCAUUUCUGAUAACUAUUCGUUACCAUUCAGCGAUGUUCUAGAUUGGAGUCGAUUUUCAGUGCAGAUACCUGUUCAAAGAAUACCAGAAAUAAAAACAAUCUUGAAAGCUAUCUCAGAAGAGAAGUAUUUGAAGCUGUACAAAGGAGUGAUCAAAGUAAAGAGGCAUUUCAAGAUAAAUAGGCCUGCAAAGCCAUUUGAUGUAAUUCACAUGCUGCUUCAUUCACUGUGGCUUAGAAGGCUUAACUUUGGCCUUCCUCAUUGAAAACAGCUCUGAAUUGCGAAAUAAGGAUGUGUGAUUGAGGGUUUCAUCUCUCUUUUCAAUGUCAUGUGACUUCAGCUAGCUAAGUGUCAUAACAAGACAAUUUGGCAGUUCAAAAGCCCAUUUGCGAUAGUUAAAGGAUUAGGAGGACUCUGUACCUUGUUUAAA